GCUGCCCCGGAUUUAGUCCAGCCACAUUUUGUUUUUAUUAUUACUUAGGAUGCUGAACUCAGUCUAGUUUUGGAGAAUAGCCGAUGAUAGUCAAUUAUUAACAGGAUUGGAAUAUUGAGCAUCGGUUAUUUGAGGUAAUGUGCAAAAUUGAAAACACGUUUAUUAUUUCAUGUUUAUUGCAGCCAUGGCUCUAAAAGGACAAGAAGAUUAUAUUUAUCUUUUCAAGGACUCAGCACAUCCAGUGGAUUUUCUGGAUGCAUUCAGAACCUUUUAUUUGGAUGGAUUAUUUACUGAUAUUACCCUUCAGUGUCCUUCAGGCAUAAUCUUCCAUUGUCACCGAGCUGUUUUAGCUGCUUGCAGCAAUUAUUUUAAGGCAAUGUUCACAGCUGACAUGAAAGAAAAAUUUAAAAAUAAAAUAAAACUCUCUGGCAUCCACCAUGAUAUUCUGGAAGGCCUUGUAAAUUAUGCAUACACUUCCCAAAUUGAAAUAACUAAAAGAAAUGUUCAAAGCCUGCUUGAGGCAGCAGAUCUGCUACAGUUCCUUUCAGUAAAGAAGGCUUGUGAGCAGUUUUUGGUAAGGCACCUGGAUAUUGAUAACUGUAUUGGAAUGCACUCCUUUGCAGAAUUUCAUGUGUGUCCAGAACUAGAGAAGGAAUCUCGAAGAAUUCUAUGUUCAAGGUUUAAGGACGUAUGGCAACAAGAAGAAUUUCUGGAAAUCAGCCUUGAAAAGUUUCUUUUUAUCUUGUCUAGAAAGAAUCUCAGUGUUUGGAAAGAAGAAGCUAUCAUAGAACCAGUUAUUAAGUGGACUGCUCAUGAUGUAGAAAAUCGAAUUGAAUGCCUAUAUAAUCUACUAAGCUAUAUCAACAUAGAUAUAGAUCCAGUGUAUUUAAAGACAGCGUUAGGCCUUCAUAGAAGCUGCCUACUGACCGAAAAUAAGAUACGUUCUCUAAUAUACAAUGCUUUGAAUCCCAUGCAUAAAGAGAUUUCUCAGAGGUCCACAGCCACAAUGUAUAUCAUUGGAGGCUAUUAUUGGCAUCCUUUAUCAGAGGUUCACAUAUGGGACCCUUUGACAAAUGUCUGGAUUCAGGGAGCAGAAAUACCAGAUUAUACCAGGGAGAGCUAUGGUGUUACAUGUUUAGGACCCAACAUUUAUGUAACUGGGGGCUAUAGGACGGAUAACAUAGAAGCUCUGGACACAGUGUGGAUCUAUAACAGUGAAAAUGAUGAAUGGACAGAAGGUUUGCCAAUGCUCAAUGCCAGGUAUUACCACUGUGCAGUCACCUUGGGUGGCUGUGUCUAUGCUUUAGGUGGUUACAGAAAAGGGGCUCCGGCAGAAGAAGCUGAGUUCUAUGAUCCGUUGAAAGAGAAAUGGAUUCCUAUUGCAAACAUGAUUAAAGGUGUGGGAAAUGCUACUGCCUGUGUCUUACAUGAUGUUAUCUACGUCAUUGGUGGCCACUGUGGCUACAGAGGAAGCUGCACCUAUGACAAGGUACAGAGCUACAACUCCGAUAUCAAUGAAUGGAGCCUCAUCACCUCCAGUCCACAUCCAGAAUAUGGAUUGUGCUCAGUUCCAUUUGAAAAUAAGCUCUAUCUAGUCGGUGGACAAACUACAAUCACGGAAUGCUAUGACCCUGAGCAGAAUGAAUGGAGAGAGAUAGCUCCCAUGAUGGAGAGGAGGAUGGAAUGCGGUGCCGUCAUCAUGAAUGGAUGUAUUUAUGUCACUGGAGGAUACUCCUACUCAAAGGGAACAUAUCUUCAGAGCAUUGAGAAAUAUGAUCCAGAUCUUAAUAAGUGGGAAAUAGUGGGUAAUCUUCCCAGUGCCAUGCGGUCUCAUGGGUGUGUUUGUGUGUAUAAUGUCUGAUUGAAUUUGUGGAAAUGACCAGGUAAUCACUGUUUUGGAGUACAGCAAAACCACAACAACAGCAACAGAAACUCAGUUUGGAGUUUCUUACUUGUUCAUGUGUCUGGCACAUAAUAGGGGAUUAGUCCAUUUUAAUUCCUAACCCCAUUCUACUCCCAAACCCAGUGAUUAAUGGUCAAGAAGAGUCUUAGGUAUAUGUGUACACAGUUGAAUCAGUGGGGGUCACUUCUGUCAUCUCUGCUUUUCAAAGGUAAUAUGGAAUAUUUGACGCUUGGUAAAAGGUGAAAUCCUUUGUUGUGCAUCUUUUCUUCCUGGUAGCAUCAACACUGGGGAUAGGUCAGAAUCGUUCUAUGGAAUGAAAUGUCUCUGAAGAGUCUAUAAUGUAUUAGAUACUAUAUAUUAAGGUUCUGUUUAGCUAACAGGAAUUUGAAAUGUAAAGAGAGAAUCUUCUCUACCUCUACAAAAUCAACACAUAAAAUUUUUUUCACCUUUAGAAUUAUUUAGAAUAUGGGCUUACUUUAAGUCUAGUUUUUUUUUCCAUUUGUAGUGUUGAUAAUUUAUUGUUACUUUUCUUUAUUUACUGACUACCAGAGAUAUACAAAAUACUGUGCGGAAGAUUAUUACUGUUUAAAGAGUUUACAAACUAAAUCUAAAAGAAUGGCAACUCUGAAAAAUUGCAGAGAAAAUAGUCAAAUGUCUGCUGAUACUGAGGGCUAUUUUUAAUUUUCAGCUUUGAUGUAAAGUGCUAGCUUAGGUGACUUUAGUUUAAGCAUGUUAGGAAAUCCUCUUUAUUCUUAAGUAUAGAUACAUGUCUGCAUAUGAAAUUGAAUUUUAGGGCCAGAAAGCAUGUAGAGCAAUUGUGAUAUAGUAGAAAAUACAUUGGCACGAAGAUGUUUACUUUCAUUUCCCAGCUCUGCCACUAGCUAGAUUUUGUGACUUGUGUUGAGUCACUUACAUUCUCCUUGAUUAGAACUUCCUGACCCAUGCGCACUGGCAUUGCAGUUUACAGAUGUGCCUAAAUUCAGAGCCUCUGGGCCAGAAUCACCUUUUUCCCUUUUCCUCAGUGUGCAUGCAGUGUUGCUUUCCACGUGUGCCAUUGCUUGAGAAAAGUUGGGAUGCCUUGCUUAUGUUAACUCCUUGAGUUAUCUGUGAAAUCAUCUAUUCCACCCUCUUCAUUUUUUAAAAAAGAGACAGUAAUUAUUUUUAACCUUAAAUACUAAAGUUUAAAACUACCUACACUUUUGAUUUUAAAAAAUUUUUUUUAGAAGGAGAGUUUAAUGCAUUUAUUUCAGAUGGAAUUUUAAAUAGAUCCAACCUUUUGGGAAUGCAAUAUGGUACUACAUAACAAGGACCACAAAAAUAACCAUAUCCCUUGCCCCAUUUUAACCUUAAAAAUAAUUCAAAAAAUGAUAAAUGCAUGAAGAUGUAUUAGAUUUUUUGUAUUUGUAAUGGCAAAAAAUUGGAAAAAAAUCCAUAUCAGAGAAGAAAGUGUACUAAUCAGAAGAGUGAAGUAUUACACUGCCGUUAAAAAAAUUAUUUGGAAGAAUGUGUAGAAACAUGGACAUGUCGAUGAUAUGGUAAGUAAAGUGAGCACAGUACAAAACUGUGUGUGCACUAUGAUCGUGACUUUGGAAAGUCUUUAUGCAUGUGGAAGGUAAUAUGCAAAACAAGUUAUUGUAUUAGUGUAAGGGGAUAUGGAAUGACUUAUUUAUUUAAAUUUUUCUUUAAUAGUACUUUGUAUUUUCAAUAAAAAUAAAUAAAUGACUGUGUA